UUCCCAUCACUAUUGCUAACCUUUUAUAUCUCUGAGCUUUUGAUUUCCGAGUUGUGGUGCUCGCGGUCCUGUAGACCGCAAAUACUAAAUAACACUUUUAGAUAAUAAACAUGCUGAUUAAAGAAUAUCGUAUUUGCAUGCCGCUAACUGUUGAAGAGUACAAAACUGGACAGCUGUACAUGAUAGCACGACAUAGUCUUGAACAAUCAGAAGCGGGAAAUGGUAUCAAAGUUAUCGAAAAUAAGGAAUGUUAUGAUCAUGAACAUGGAUUGGGACAGUAUACUGAAAAAAGGAUUCAUCUCUCAAGCCGCUUGCCAUAUUGGAUCCAAUCGUUUUGCCCUAGAGUAUUCUACAUUGUUGAAAAAGGAUGGAACUAUUAUCCUUUUACUAUUACUGAAUAUACGUGCUCUUUUAUUCCAAGACUAAAUAUAUCAAUUCGAACAAAGUUUGAAAACAAUGCAGGUAUCUCUGAGAAUUGUUUAGAUUUUCCUUCGGAAAAAUUAGGUGAACGGAAGGUUGAUUUCGUAGACAUCGCAUUCGACGAGCUAAAUCCAAAGCAUUACAAGAAAGAAGAGGAUCCUAAAUACUUCAAAUCAGUACGGACCGGACGCGGCCCUUUAACAGAAGGUUGGUGUGAAAUCGAGAAACCCGUAAUGUGCUCUUACAAGUUAGUACAAGUUUCUUUUGAAGUCUGGGGUCUGCAGACAAAAGUGGAGGAUUUCAUUCAACAAUGUAUCAGAGAUGUUUUGCUGCUCGGUCAUAGACAAGCAUUUGCGUGGAUUGAUGAAUGGCUUUGGAUGUCUAUUGACGAUGUUCGUGAAUUCGAAAGUAGGAAACAGGCGGAAGCUAAUCAGAAAGUUUUGAUAUGUAAUGAUCAUAGUCAAGAUACAGGCAUCAGUGAUUAACUCACUUCCAACUGGCAAUUACACUACGUUUAAAAUAUUUACAAUAAAUUUCAACGUUAAAAUCAUUACAAAAACGAAUAGAGAACAGAUCGAUCUACACUUUAAAACACAGUUCGUUUUUGCUGGUAGUUACCAAGGAAUCGAAUUCUCAAUGUAAGUUUCUUAGGUAAAAAGUCGGUUAAUGUAACAUAAUAUAAUAGCUAGAUUAGCUUACCUUUGUGUACUGAUUGUGGAUGUCAUUGGUUCCUACUAAAAUUUAGUAUAGUUAUAAUAGUUAUAAUAGUUUGCAGUUCCAAGCGAAAUGAAAAAUUUGACAAGUGAAAAAACGUAAAUUUUCGCGAGCGAAAUCUGUCGUGAAAACCCGGUUGUGGAACAAACAGGUAUUUCACCAGCCUGCAAUAGGGAGCCUAUACACCAGAGAGACGCAGAGACACUCACCGUUAAGCCAACUGUCAACAUCAAAACGGAUCACGACAAUGCAAAAUUAUACGGCUUGCCGUUUUGAUGAGUGUGAGCAUGCGUGAAAAAUGUAAGCCCAAGUGAAAAAGAUGCGAUCCACAACCUUCGAUUUCGCUGGAUCGAAUUUGUUUAUAGCUCUAAGCAAAAUCAAAUUUCGACAAUUCACGCACGCGAAAAAACGAACAUUUUGUAUGAAAUUUUCACUUCGUUUUAAACUUUAAACAGGGCUUAAGUGGUUAUUUCAGUGUAAUUGCAUAUAAAAUCAACGGGAACGUGAUCAUCAUUAUUGUGUUAGCUUUAUUAACUUUAUUGAGCUAUUGACUCUAAAACCUGCAUCCUCUCAAAAACUUACGUUUGUAACGUAACGAUCGGUGGAUCACUAAUUUUUUAUGUAUCUGAGGCCUACUUACCAAGAGACAAACUAGUACCUUGUGUAAUCGAUAACAGGCACAACCUCGCGUUUAUUUCGAUGAGCAAAGUUAUACGAUCUCGCAAAAAGCACAUUUGUUGUAACAUUUAGCUAUUCAGAGAAAGAAAUAAAAUAGCUGUUUCAACUGCAUAUUUAUUGUGUAAAUUACUGAAUAUUGUAACUUCUGCCAUAAUAGUUGAGACCUUAAAGGUGAUCUACAAUGAAUGAUCAUUGUUAAAAAAUUAUACGAGCAAGCGGAAGAGUAACAAUAGGGGGAUUCAUGUCGAGCUCGUAAACAAAUACCCAGCCGUAAAAAUACUCACCUCCAUUGACGAGUAAUGGAAGAUACGCAGUUUACGGCUCGGUAUUCGUAUACGAGCUCGAUGUGAAGACCCCUAAUAUAUGUUGGCAAAAUAAAGCCUGAAGAAUAGCCGUCAUAGCAACCAUAAUUUUUUUGUUUCAUCAGAAUUAUGUAUGAUUGUAAUUAAACCUUUUUUUCUUGUAAAGGA